UAUUCAUCAUAUAUCACACAAUAUAUUUUAAGGCGCUUGAUGACGUGUUGGCCCAGACAGAGCUUCAUUUUCUGAUCUCAAAGAUAAAUCAUCACGAUUUUUCUUCUUUUUGAGAUGGAAAGUUGACAGAGCUGCAGUUUUUACUUCCGUCUUCCUGUCGGCGCUCCGCACUCCAGUCCAGCGGGGGCGCUGAUGCAGUCAUUCUCCAGCAGCAGAAGCAGAGCCACAUGUACUCGAGAUCAUCUCAGAGCGGAAUCUGGAUUGUUUAAUAACUGAAGCGGUGAUUAUCAGCGUUCGGGCGUGAUGGAGUCGUCAGCUGCUCCAGUGGAUCCGCAGGAGAAGAAGAAACCAUCAGCGUCUUUCUCUAGAAAACCAAAGAAGGCGAAGAAGGCGAAGACGCUGACCGCGCCAGAGCAGCACAGUAAACAGAAGAGGCACGCGGGGCUGUGCGCGACGCUCGGCAGGGAGAACGCGUCCGUCAGGCUGCUGGAGGAGCUGGUGUUCGGCGCGGAGGAGCGGCUGACCGAGCGACUGACGGAGGACAGCAGCACUUUGCUGGACGAUGAUGAGGUCUGCAGUGAUUCUUCAGAGGACGGCGAGGCGCGUCCGAACCGCAGAAGAGCCGCAUGGGAGGAUGAGGAUGAUGAGCAGGAGGAAGAGAUCGACAUGACGCAUCGGUUUCGCAGAGACUUUAAGAAGAGCGAAGCGGAAACUACGAUGACGAAACACAAGCUUCAGCAGCGCUUAAAAGAGCAGUUUCAGAAGGCCAUGGGCGGCACUCCCAGCUGGGCAGAAGAGACGGCGGCCAAACGACAGAAGAAAGAAGUUGAGAGUGAAGAUGAGGAUGAGAGCGAAGAUCUGCUGCGAAGGACGGGGAACUUCAUCGGCUCGUCUGACCGUCUGCCCAAAGGAACUAUUAAGAUAAAGAGGUGCUUGAAUGCGAACACUGAGUGUCCAAGCGAAAGUCGGCUGACCACAGUCCAGUUCCAUCCGUCGGCUCAGAUCGUGAUGACCGCCGGUCUGGAUCACUCCAUAUCGCUCUUUCAGGUCGACGGCAAGAGCAACCCGAAGAUCCAGACCAUCCAUCUGGAGAAGUUCCCCGUGAACAAGGCUUCGUUCAGCGCUGAUGGGGAACACAUUGUGGCGACUGGAUUGAGGAACAAACUCUUCUACAUCUACGAUAUGAUGGAAGGCAAAAUUAUCCCCGUCACUAGCGUCCGAGGUCUGAAUGAGCAGAAGGUCUCAGACUUUCAGGUUUCUCCAGAUGGAAAGCAUCUGCUCCUCUCUGGUUCCUCAGGGUAUCUCCAUCUCAUGACCACAAAGACCAGAGAAGUGAUUCGCAGCAUGAAGAUGAACGGGAACGUGUGCGCGGCCGCUUUCACCGCAGACGGCAGCAAGAUCUUCUCAAACUCCGAGGAAGGCGAGGUGUUCGUCUGGGACGUUCGGAGCAGUAGAUGUCUGAAGAGGUUUGAAGACGAGGGCUGCGUCAGAGGAACAUCACUGGCGCUGUCAGGAGACGGCUCGUAUCUGGCCUGUGGCUCUCAGUCUGGAGUCGUGAACAUCUACUCGCAGAAGGACUGUCUGCUCGAGGGCGAACCCAAACCCCUGAAGGCCGUCAUGAACCUGCUGACGGCGGCGACGUCUCUGUGCUUCAACAACACCGCAGAGAUCCUGGCCAUCGGGUCACGCGCGGACAACGAGGCUAACCGACUGGUCCAUCUUCCAAGUUUCACAGUGUUCUCCAAUUUCCCACAAUUCAAUAAGAAGGGCAUCUGUCAAACCUGGAGUCUGGAUUUCUCCCCGAGGAGCGGCUUCUACUCGGUGGCCAAUAAUUUAGGCAACGCGCUGCUCUUCAGGCUUCUGCAUUAUAAUGAUUUCUAAAGAUGGACCUCAGUGAUCUGAAUGCUGUCAGACUGAAUACGUGACAAUUUUUGUAAUUUGUUUAAUAAACUUUGACCAUGUGAACAUGAGAAUCAUUA